AUGCCACUAGUGAAGGAGGCACUCUUCAAAAUCGUGGAACUCUCGAAGAAAACCGUGCACCUGGAGAUCCGUGAUCUCCAGUGGAAGGAAGUCGAAGACGAGAUUUUGGAGGAGUGUGACGCCGCAUACAAGGUGGGAAAAGCUAGUCGUUGUUGCGAAAAGAGAAAUCGCGGAGAGCAAAUGUGCCCACGAAAUAUUCGCGUCGUUCGGGUCACUGGGAGAAUACUGGCUGAAGUUCAUCCACGAAUCACCGGAAAGGAAAGUUAUCCACCCUACAUGUUGGAAAGCGUUCGAUGGCUGUUGACCUUGCCCGAGUGCAAUUGGACAGAAGCACAUCGACGAAACUGGGUAUGA